UUGCAAUAGGGAGCUUGGAGAAUGUGUAAGCAGAUUUCUCAUGCAAUAUGUUUGCUUACUUCAGAUGGAUCCUAACAAACGGCAAGGAAAUGUCCAGAAGAGCAGUUUUUUGCUUACAUUGACAGCUUGAAUGAUGUUGUUCUAUUCUAAAUAAUAUGAUUUGUGUCUCCAUUUCAGCCUUCAGGAUAAAUUCAUCCAUUGGUUCUGCUGUGGACAUGGAGAGUGGAGCCGACAAUAAACCUCAGCCGACUGAUUCAACAGCUGGGGAGCCCCCUCGGCAAGACGCAGCUAAUCCUAGCGCAGUGAUGCUGGAAUCAGUCAACAAUGGGGCCUCAGGACCUGGUGGUAUAGCCAAACCAACUGAGACUUCUGGUGGUGGGACUGCAUCAGCUGCUAUGAGUGGAUCUGAUCCGACUCUUGGCGUCACUGAGCGUAAGUCUGAUAGGGGAACUGAGGCCACUCCUAGCCAUAGGGCCGAGCCUUCCACCCUAGACUCUGAGUCUACAGACUGUGGUGCUACCAAGUCAACAUCUGGUGAUGGCUCAGAUCCCGCGAUUGGCGACAAGCCGGGCGGGUUUGAGCUGUGGCACGGUCGCCUGCGCUCAGCACGUCUCGUCGUCGCCCCAAUGGUUGAUCAGAGCGAGGCCGCCUGGCGUAUGCUCAGCAGGAAGUACGGUGCCGAGCUGUGCUACACGCCCAUGUACCACGUUAACAUGUUUGUGAAGGACGUCAAGUACCGCCGGGAGUGUCUGACUACGUACCCCGAGGACCGGCCGCUCAUCAUACAGUUUUGUGCCAACAACCCUGCCACACUGCUGGAGGCGGCCCGGUACUGCGAGGGAGGCCAGUUUGACGCGCUGGAUAUCAACCUGGGCUGUCCGCAGUCGAUCGCCCGGCGUGGACACUACGGCGCCUUCCUGCAGGAUGAGUGGGAGCUUAUCAGUCAACUCGUGAAAGUGGUUCACGAACAGUCCCGGCUGCCGGUCACCUGUAAGAUCCGCAUUUUCCCCGAACUGGAGAAGACUAUCAGGUACGCCCGUAUGCUGGAGUCUGCCGGGUGCCAGCUGCUGACCGUCCACGGCCGGACUCGGGAGAUGAAGGGACCGCUGACGGGACUGGCCGACUGGGACGCCAUCAAGGCUGUCAGAGAAGCAGUCAGCAUCCCCGUGUUCGCCAACGGUAACAUCCAGUACCUCUCUGACGUACACCGCUGCCUCGAACAUACAGGCGUCCAGGGGGUGAUGACUGCCGAAGGAAACCUCCAUAACCCAGCUCUGUUCGCCGGGCUUCAUCCACCUGUGUGGGAGGUGGCUGAGGAGUAUCUCCAGCUGGCCAGACGGUACCCGUGUCCUCUCAGCUAUGCGAGGGGACAUGUGUUUAAGAUACUGCACUACUGCCUCCUGAUGCCGUCCAACCACGACGUGCGUCAGCUGACCGCGCGCGCCUCUCGUCUGGAGCAGCUGGAAGAGGCCGUCGAACUGCUCAGACAGAGGUACAGUCACCUCACAGAGCCCGGCGCGGCCGAGUGGCGGCCGGCGCCCGACGAUCCGCCCGUGCUGACCCGCCUGCCGCUGUCGCCGCUGUUCUGUCAGCCGCACGAGAGGGAGCCCAUUGAGGACCACCUGAAGAAAAUGCAGGCUAAUGCCGACAAACAGCGUCGUGAGCAGCAGGAGCAGAAAGAGCGGAAAGAGCAGCGGGAGGAGGAGGGUGACGACACCCCGGCCCGACCACCGGCGCGCGCGCAGGACCCCAGCGCGCUCAGCAAGCGCAAACUGAAGAAAUUGGCGCGAGGGGCCAAAGUUGGCGCCAACCGCGCCAUCAUGGAGCGGUGUAGUCUGUGCUGCAACCCACGGGGUCUUCGCUGCGAGUUUCUGCUCUGCCGCCUCCACUGUCGGGACAAAUGUUACGAACAUAACCUGGACUGUCCCGGUCACCGGAUUCUGGUCAAGACCAAGCGACAGAACGCCAGGGAUUGGCAUGAUCGGCAGAGAAGGCUGAAGGAGGUUGAAGAAGAUGGGGAGAGUGCAGGUGGGAAAGAGGGUGUGGGGAAUGGGAUGGGUACUUCAAAUGGAGAGGAGGUUGGGAAGAUGGAAGUGCCCAAUGGAGAGAAAGCUGUGGAGGUAGACUCAUCCAAAAGAGGGGAGGUAGUUAAAAUGGACUCGUCCAAAGGAGGGGAGGAAGUGGAAAUGGACUCGACUAACGGGGUUGGGUCGACUGGUUCUGGUGAAACAGCUGUAAACUCCGCCGCCCCCGCCGCAGUCAGCUGAUAGGUGACGAUAGGUGACCUAACUGGUGACCUUGAUUGGUGACCUUGGUUGGUGACGGCCAUGUUGACCUCAACUGGUGACCUCUGGAGAUCGAGUACCUUGUAUCGGGUCUGGAAUCGGUCACAUUGUUGGAUGGGAGGAGAGGCAGCAGCUGAUGUGUUUUGAAGCCUGUGGUGGGUGUCACAUAUUGAUAUGCAAUCAGUCUGAAGUUCAAGUGUGCAGAUGUUCCGGUUAGGGAAUGCUUGACUGAAGGUGAACUUUGGUUUUGACGUUGACUGACAUUGUCUAAAGCUAAGUUUUAGCAUUCAGUGCUCAGUGGGACGGAGGCUAAAAAAAAAUCCGCGAUCAAUGACUCAGGGUUAUGGGUAGGAAGUGCGGUUUAGGAUGAGCUGAGUCAGUCUUGUGAAUCUGAGACUGUCGUGAGUCCGAGUUUGUCGAGAGGACCUAAUCAAUCCAAACUGAGUCAGUUGGCGCCUGAGUCUGGCUAUGAUUGUUGGUGUGGGCUGAACAUGUGACUCUGAGACGAUGGGAAGGGACGUUUGCCUGAAUUCAGUCAAUAUGGGUGCGAAACGCGAGUGUUUUCGAGUCUUGUUGGAUGUCUUGUUUUCCGAGGUGUAGUGCGUUUGUCUAGGAGUGGGUCUGAUUCUGAAUGAUCAGAUAUGAUCUGAGUCUCCGUCAGUCGUGAGGAUGGAUGUGUUAGAGUGAGAGACGGGUCCUCACCGCCGUGGGUUUCAUCACUCGCUGUUACGUGCCGUUUGCUCAGUAUUGUUCUGCUCAGAAAAUGAAUACGGCCCGCGCCAGUGUUGUGACUUUUGGCUCUGCAAUGAUGGUUCUGCUGUUUUGUUUUUAAGCGAUCUUUUUUAUUGAACAGACAAUAAAAAUGUGAUUAUGAAUUGA